CUAUGUCAUCACCGGUAAUAGAAGUAAACAGUAGAAACCAAAAUGGCUGACAGUGACCUACUUCUAUGAUGGAUUAAAAUGAGUUUUCGUUAACAUAUAUGAACUCAAUUCGUUUAUAUAAAGGCGCCAUGUUACGAAACAUCGGAAAUGUCGUCUGCUUCAUAAUCGUCCUCAUGACGUCACACCACGUGACCGGACAGGCGUAUGAUGUGACACAGUUGAACAGAAUGCUUACGAUCCUCAAGAAUUCCGUUUAUCACGAUAUCGUCGACAUCCGGCUCGAGAUCAUGGAUCUGAAGAUGACAGUCGAGCAAAUUGGAGUCGGUCAGAGGAACGCAAGCGAUGAAUCCAUUAUUGGCCAGGGCAUGACAGAUAUUAAUCCAAGGGAGAUUUCAGAUCUCAAGAAUAAGUUGAGUGCACAUGAAAGCCGACUGAACAAAUUAUUUAGUACUGUCAACCAAAUUCAAAUGGAAAAUUCGGUACUUAAAAGUAAAGUCAACCAAGUGGUCGUAGAAAAGGAGAAUAAAGCAAAUGCUGAAAUUCUCAGGUUGAACGCAGGAAUUGAAACAAAAUUUGACGAUAAAUUCAACGCUCUUCAAAAGAAGUUUGAAGAAACCACAGCUGUGAUAAUGAAAAGUUACAAAGACCUUAAGAGGCAGAUGCUCGAUCAAACAAAUACCUUUUCCCAGUCCGUGAUCUCCGAACAAAACAAACUGAGUACAAAGAUUGACAAGGCAGAUGCGAAAAUCGUUCGACUGGAUGGCGAAGUGAACAAACUCGAAGUCAACGCAUUAGUAGAGAAAAGGGAAAGAAACGAAUUGAUCAAGAACUUAAAAGCUGAACUUCUCCAGUUGAACGCAGGCGUUGAAACGAAAUGCGACGACAGAGUCAUCACUCUUCAAAAGAGGUUUGAAGAAACAACAGCAGUAAAUAUGGUAGGUUACAAAGAUCUGGAGACGCACAUCUCCGAUCAAAUGAAUAACUUUUCCCAGUCGCUGCUCUCCGAACAAAACAAAUUAAGUACAAAGAUUGACAAGGCAGAUGCGAAGAUCGUUCGACUGGAUGGCGAAGUGAACAAACUCGAAGUCAACUCAUUGGUCGAGAAAAAGGAAAGAAACGAAUUGAUCAAGAACUUAAAAGAUGAACUUCUCCAGUUGAACGCAGGCGUUGAAACGAAAUGCGACGACAGAGUCGUCACUCUUCAAAAGAGGUUUGAAGAAACCACAGCGGUGAAUAUGGCAGGUUACAAAGAUCUGGAGACGCAUCUGAAAACAACGAUUGAUUGUGGUGACCCAAUACCAGACCAUGGUACAGUAAACACCACUGUAACAAAGUAUGGAACUGUUGUUAAAAUAUCAUGCAAUCACGGUUACGUACUGAGCGGAGAGAACAUCAUCAAAUGCAACGCUGACUCUGUCUGGUCUAAAUCAGCCACGUGUAACCCAUAUGAUUGUGGUGACCCAACACCAGACCAUGGAACAGUAAACACUACAGUAACAACGUAUGGAACUGUUGUUAAAAUAUCCUGCAAUAACGGUUAUGUACUGAGCGGAGAGAACAUCAUCAAAUGCAACGCUGACUCUGGCUGGUCUGCAUCAGCCACUUGUAACCUGUAUGAUUGUGGUGACCCAACACCAGACCAUGGAACAGUAAACACUACAGUAACAACGUAUGGAACUGUUGUUAAAAUAUCCUGCAUUAACGGUUAUGUACUGAGCGGAGAGAACAUCAUCAAAUGCAACGCUGACUCUGGCUGGUCUGCAUCAGCCACUUGUAACCUGUAUGAUUGUGGUGACCCAACACCAGACCAUGGAACAGUAAACACUACAGUAACAACGUAUGGAACUGUUGUUAAAAUAUCCUGCAAUAACGGUUAUGUACUGAGCGGAGAGAACAUCAUCAAAUGCAACGCUGACUCUGGCUGGUCUGCAUCAGCCACUUGUAACCUGUAUGACUCAGCGGGUCGCCAGUUCAUAUUCGGAAUCCCAGAAACAGCAUUUAACUCGCCCGAUUAUAUCAAACUGUACAUUGCAAGCAAGCACGUCUCCAAGGUCUACAUCACAGCGCCAGGAAUAGGUUUCAACCAAACUAUAACAACACUUGCUAACACCUCCACCGCAGUAGUUCUUCCUAACAGCCUUGAAACCACAACUGGUUUGUCUAACAAAGCUGUAUAUGUUGAGGCGGAUCAAACCAUAUCAAUCUAUGUCAUGGUUAGAGAUUUCUCUUCCUCAGAUGGAUUUCUACUUUUACCAAUCUCUGCUGACGCACGGGAAUUUGUCGUUGCUUCAUACGAACCAUACCGUGAUGCUUACCCAAGUGAAUUUUUAAUCAUUGCAUUAGAAGACAGCACUUUGAUUGACAUUCAACUGAGAACAUCUGCUGGACCCGUCAUAAUAGGAGGAAAAAGCUACAGCAGCGGACAAAAUGUUUCACUUAAAAUUAGUAGAAUGCAAACGUACUUGGUUCAACACGAACAUGACUUGACAGGUACACACAUUACUAGUUCCAAGCCUGUUUCGGUUGUAUCUGGUACUAGAUGUGCGUUUGUUCCUCAUGAUGCAAGUGGCUGUGAUUUCUUAGUGGAACAAAUGUUACCAGUAUCUUUUUGGCAGCGCGAAUAUGUGUGUGCCAAACUGAAAUCUAGAGGAACCAACAGACUGCGCAUUUUAUCGUCAGUCGAUGGAACAUCUGUGAAUAUUGGAGCAAACCACAUAAAAUUAAAUAAAGGAGAAUUCUAUGAAUAUGUUAACUCAAAUGACGUUGCCACACCCAUUGAAUCUAAUUUUCCAGUUUUAGUGUUGCAAUAUGCCGAAGGGGGUGGCCACGAUUCCAAGUUAGGAGAUCCUAGCAUGAUUACUAUUCCUUCUUUAAACGGCCAAGGAGCAGAGUAUUUCUAUGAAACUGCAACGACUCUUGCUUACCAUUACGUCUCAAUAACAAUUCGCACAGACCAGGCAAACGGACUGAAUAUUGAUGGUUCUACCGUCAGUCGUUCCGAUGAACUGAAAACAACGAUAAACACUACAGAGAUCAGUGUUAUUCGGCUGUCUGUUACCGUGGGAAAGCACCACAUUUACCACGUGGACACCUACGUGCGUUUCGGUGUGAUCGUUUACGGGUUUGAUUACGGCGAAUCCUACGGGUUUCCGCUGGGACUACCAUGACGGACCACGAGACACGGUUCAAGUUCCAAGCGUUCCCGAUGAAUGUACCUGAUCAGAGGCUUUACAUCAAGUAUGACGCAACGCUCUGUGACACUUCCGACGUGACAUCAUCACACCGAUGUGACCAGAGACCGCAGAUUUUAUUUGUUUUGUCAUAAAAAUUUAAGCUGAUUCUAGUCAUUCUUGAUUGCAUGUUUCUUGGAAAAAAGUAUGUUGUUUUUUAUUCCACGCCAUAGGCGGAGAGAUAUUGUUGUCCGUCUGUCCGUCUUUCCGGCCGGCACUUUUGUGUCCGGAGCCAUAUCUUGGAAGUUCUUUGUGGAUUUCAUUGAAACUUGGUAUGAGUAUAUAUAUAUGGAUAAGAUGAUGAUGCACGUUGGCGUUGUCCAUCUGUCCAGAAAACUUUUGUGUCCAGAAGUAUAUUUGCAGGGGAUAUCAAUUCAACAAAUUUGCUUGUUUAAAUUGAUUAAAUUUAAAUAGUGUUCCCUCUUAUUGUUGUACUACUAUUAUUAUACAUAUAUUGUAGUACUAGUCAUUAUACUAGAAUGUAUACUAGUCUUUUUUGCACUCAAAUUAGACCAAUAUAUGUGCUAUGUUAAAAUAUAGUAUCAAUUUAUAUAAACAAUAUUAGUUUUUUUUUAUUCUUCGCUUUUCGCUCGCCUGCCAUUAAAAAAUGGAAUAAAAAUAAAUUUAUUUUUAUUUCGCUCGCUUGCUCAAUUUCUGGUUGGCUAAAAUCCAUAGAACACAUAAUCAAUUUGUUGUGGCCUAAGCAACCUAAAAAUAAAACAAAGCAGGCGAUUCGCUAUUAAUGGACUGUUCGUUUAGCCUUUAUUACGGAACGUAACGAUUUUGCUUAUUGGACACGUUGUAAUGUAGUUGCUUCCCUUAUAUCAACAAUAUCUUACUAAACAGUAUAUUAUUCACUGCGCAUGCCAUGUUAAAGCAAACACCGUAAAGUGUCUUCUGAUAGCAAAUAACAUAUCUGUAAUUAUUCAUCUUAAAGUUAGAUGAAGAAAUAGUCCGAAUCAGAUCACAUUGUACCAGCGAAAAUUAUUCAGCUUAAAGAUAGGUGAAGAAAUAGUCCGAAUAACGUCACAUUCUACCAGCAGAAACAAAUGUGCUCUCAUGCUAACAUUGAAAAAAAGUUCGCAAUGGUAUCGUUGUUUAUUUGAUUACAAACCGUCAUAAUGUGGUGUUAUUCAUAGACAUAACUCAUUCGUUAUGAUCUCGCAACCCAGAACUCCUCUGUUCAAUUAGUCGACGAAAAACUCUAUUUGUGUUGUACAGUAUAAGAAUAACACAAAUCAUGCAAACGUUUUUUUCUUAAAUCAAUCCUUAAUGGUGUCAAUGUAGCACAUGCUUUAGUUUUUGUUUUAGAUUUAUGUUAGCGACUAGCGUAAUGAAAAUUACCGAUUAUCGAAGUACUACGCCAAACAAUCACAUGUACGUGCAAUAUAAGUGUAAUGAAAAACAGAAAAGAGUAAAGCCGUUUCGAUACUAGUACAAGGUUGCUGUAACCAAAUCCUGCCAUUGUUGCGAUUCGGAAUACAUGAAGCAAUUUGGAAUACCUGACACUUGCUUAGAAGAUGCAUAUCGGUGGAUUUUUUUUUUUUAUGAAAACUUAAAUAUUAAUUGUUUAUUUAAUACAAUGACAUUUGACACGUUUUACCAUAACGAUACUGAUACAUGUAUGUGACUUUGAUGCGACAAAUUUUGGACGACCUUCUUUUAAACCAGUUCUGAGUUGGUCACUAUAUUAUAAUCGCAAAAAGUGAAUUUGUAGUGGAUAGAAAGAAUUGUGCAAAUGCAAUACACGAUAUGAUUUCAGUAGAAGUGAUGAAUAUAUACAUGUAUUGUUUUCUCUUUUAUACAUAUGUGAAUACAUAUUAUUUAAGACUGUUGUAUUGAGGGAAUAAAGUAUUGGUUCACAUAGAAAGA